GUAGUAAGUUACUUAACCAGCCAACCCGCCACAUCGCCCUUCUGCUGUUGCUCGAAUCAAUCCUUGCCGACCGUUCGACCUGAUGCGGCGCAUCGAGGCAUAACUCUCGAUAUCGAUAACGAUACCAGAACUGCACAAUCCGAGCAGUAUUGCAGCAAACACUGAAGCGACGCCACGAUGAAGUUGGGUGUCGCGGCUUGCGUUGCGCCUUUGCUCUUCGCCAGCGCUGUCAGCAGCAUCGGGACAGGCCCGCAGACCGAAAGCCGGGCCACAUCAGUUCAUGGCAAUACACGACUCUUUCCCUGGUUGACAAAGCUCCGCGAUGGGACGGUCGAGGCCAUCUUCGGGCGCCAUCCUCACAAGCCUGCCGUCGUCCCCGGUCCGAUCCGAGCGCAGUACGCAGACCAGCUGGUCUUGCGCCUGAACCUGAGCAGUGCUGCAGACGAGGAAGCGUUGGGCAGGGCAGUGGACCGUCUCUUCCUUGACGUCUGGUCCUACACCCAAGACUAUGUUGAUAUCCGCCUGGGAAAGAACGAGGUCAAACCACUCCUUGGAUUGCUGCCACAGACUCUGCAUUCAUCAUACUCGGUCCUGAUACCCGACUUGGCUGCGGCUGUGUAUCGAUCGCAGUCAUCCAGCGAGCUCGAGCAGACAAUUACACCUGAGACUAUAUACGCAGACCUCGAAUCAUCCGAAACGCCUGCGGUCCGCGCCGGAGAGAACCUUUUCUUCCAGGACUACCAGCCUUUGCCAGUGAUCAUACGAUGGAUGCGUUUGCUCGAGGCCAUGUUUCCGUCUUAUGUACGAUACAUCACGAUUGGUAAAUCGUUUGAAGACCGGGAUAUUCCUGCUUUGCGAGUCGGCCUGCCGGUAGCACCGGGAACGGCGACAGCGCGCAAGACCAUCGUCGUAACUGGUGGUCUGCAUGGGCGCGAAUGGAUCUCGACAACUUCAGUCAAUUACUUGGCCUGGGCAUUCAUCACUUCCUUUGGAAAGGAGCCCAUGAUCACAAAACUACUGGAGCAUUUCGACAUUGUUUUCAUCCCCGCCGUCAACCCCGAUGGCAUCGAAUAUACUUGGAACGUCGACCGGUUAUGGCGCAAGACCAGACAACAGACAAAUCUCCGCUACUGUCGUGGGUAUGAUCUUGACCAUGCAUUCGGAUUCGAAUGGGACAGAACAGGGACCCAGAAUGACCCGUGCUCCGAGAGCUACGGUGGCGAGCACUCGUUCCAGGCGCUUGAAGCCAUGAGAUUGGCCGAAUGGGCGAAGAACCAGACUGCCCUCAACAAUGUCAAUUUCGUCGGGCUGUUGGACCUGCAUUCGUACUCACAGCAGGUUCUGUUACCAUAUUCGUACACGUGUGACGUCGAUCCCCCGAACUUGGAGAAUCUGGAGGAGUUGGCAGCCGGCAUUGCGAAAGCCAUUCGGCUUUCCAACGGCGAAUCAUACUCCGUCACCUCGGCUUGCAAAGGUGCUGUGACCAUGAGUGAUGGUGGCACCGGCAGCCAUAAACGAGUCGAGCCGAGGGGCGGCUCAGCUAUUGACUGGUUCUACCACGAGUUGCGCGCCCACUUCAGCUACCAGAUCAAGCUCCGGGACACAGGCGCAUACGGCUUCCUUUUGCCAAAGGAGCAUAUCAUCCCGACGGGCGAAGAGAUUUUCGAUGCGAUGAAGUACUUUGGUGACUAUCUUUUGGGCAAUAAUGGCAUUGAGCACUUGUCUGCUGCUGGGGAUGUGGAACAUCACCCGGGAGAGGCAGAGACCAAGACCGACGCAGGUCUUGAGAUGGACGGAAUGGAAUUGAGGCGCCGCAAGUCACGUCGUUGAUGAUGGAUGAGAGAUGCAUUUUCUCUUAGUUUGGGAGCUAUUACUACAAACACUUCCGGUCUUACUGACCCAUAACGUACAUGACCGAGGCGUACAUGGCCAUCAAUCUCAGGGAGUUGUCGGACAAGGCCGACACGGCGAAACCGCUGGGUUCAUUGUCAGCCUUCACGCAAUCUGUGUUCCGUAUGAGAGAGACUUACAAGAGUCUGCCCUUGGGACCGGAGCUGGUGUAGCCAAUGGCAUACGCGAGGCGGCCAAAAACCCACGUCGCGCCGAGCACGGCCGAUGUCAUGGGGAAGCGAAGGCCAGCAAUGGCGAGGGCACCAAGGAAGGAGGGCUGGUUCUCGAUGAAGUUGGCGUGAGCACGCUGGGCUAUCGGCCAGGAUCCGGUCAGCAAAGUGUCAUGGAUUGGUAACUGUCUGCGCGACAGC